CUAGGGCUCAUCACAAUAAAAGAAGCCCAUGAUAUAGAAGCCAGACUUAAUGAAGUGGAAAAGCUUCUGAAGACUAUUAUAAACAUGCCCUGGAAGUAUUCAAGAUCAGAAGUCGUCCUCACAUUCUUUGAGAGAUCUCCUUUGGACCAAGUUCUAAAAAAUGACAAUGUCCAUAAAAUUCAGCCAAGCUUUCAAAGUCCAGUUAAAAUAUCAGAAAUCAUGCGAUCAAAUGGAUUUUGUUUAGCCAACACUGAAACAAUAGUCAUUGACCACAGUAUACCCAAUGGAAAAGAGAAGCACCUGGACGUAGAUACAGCAGAACACUU